AUGCAUAACCUCUUCCUUGGCGUAGUGCACGUCCAUUUUCGCGAUAUCAUGGGGAUCCACGAGAACGAGGGCGCUGGUGCAGGGGACGUUGUUCCGCUCGAGCCUCUUGACGUGAAGAAAAUGCAGAAGUGCAGGAAGAUCCUUCAAAGUAACCCGACGCAUGCCCAACUGGCAAGAUUUUGUAUACGUGAACUGGCUGAGGUGGCAGACCAGCGGGGGUUAGUUGUCGAAGGAGAAGGCGGUAAGAAGCCAAAAAAAAAAGUGUUCAUUGAAGUGUUACUCGUGCGUAGUCUUAAAGCUCCCUCACACUUUUUCUUACUACAUUUGCAUCUACAGAACAAAGGUGUUCCGCAUAGCUUGCACUCUUUGCCACAACUCGACUAUACGCCUCUCGAGGAUGUGUUAGGAGAAGAGCUGGUCGAAGAAUAUGCAUUACCUUCCGAGGAUGAGGGCGUGGUGCUGCGGUUGACUCGAGCUGAGCUGGCGGGGAUCUGGUCGGUUAUACAAGACGUCGUCGCCCCGCCAUGGUGUCGUGGUCCCCCGAAGAACCUGGGGUGUCCCGGCCACGGCAAGCUGAAGGCUGAUCAAUGGCAAUCAUGCCUUGAGUUCAAACUGCCCGUCGCUCUCAUGUGGACAUGGACUCACACUCUCCCAGAUGCUAUUACUGCCGAGCAUGCAUGCAACUACACCCACCACAUGCAAGCCUACCUGCGCUUCAUCGCGCAAGCCCUCCCGCGUUACUCCUGGCGACCCAACCACCAUGCUUCCCUUCAUAUUGGCGAGUUCUUGCUAAGAUACGGGCCCAUGCAUGGCUGGUGGAUGUUCCCCUUUGAACGGUUGAUAGGUAUCUUGCAACAGGUGAACACCAAUCACAAAAUAGGGAUGCUCGAGAAAAUGAUGCUCGAGACAUUCUGUACAGCAUCAAACGCCAAAGCGUUCCUACAACAGCCGUGCUGCCCUGCACUUCUGCAGCAGUGCUCACCGGUUCUGGAGCGCUGCUGGGGCCUUUAUCAGGGCGGGACGCUCAUGACCGACAUACGCACCAUCAUGAGCAGCGACUCCAUUGAGCGCUCCAAGUCCCAAGUCGCAUCAGGGUGUUCCAUCGUCUCUCCCGCAUGA